AUGACUACGCUAACGAAAAGAAUACUCAAAGUACUAGAAGUACCAGUAGGAGAUAGAGAAACGAUCAGUUUCUUGAAAAACCCUGAUCUACAGCCUAUAAAACUUAAAAAUCAAACCUGGGGAUUUUGGUCAAAUUUCUCAUAUUGGUCAGUAGUUUCCUUCUCUGUGGUUUCAUGGAUUAGUGCAUCUUCCGCCCUUUCUGUUGGGUUAAGUUACGGUGAAACCAUUGGAACUUUCAUCAUCGGUGAUGUAGUCGCUAUCAUAUUCACAUUGGCUAAUUCAUACCCUGGGCUCGAUUGGAAAGUCGGAUACACCAUCAAUCAAAGAUUCGUGUUUGGUAUAUAUGGUUCAUGGUUCGGUAUCUUAAUUAGAGUACUUAUGAGUAUUGUCAAUUAUGGGUCCAACGCAUGGCUAGGUGGAUUAUGUAUCAACAUGAUUUUGGAUUCAUGGUCUCAUCAUUAUUUGCAUUUACCAAACACACUAUCAAAACAUGUAGCAAUGACAACGAAGGAAUUGAUCGGAUUCAUAUUAUUCCAUGUAAUAACCGCAUUUUGUUACUUAAUGAGACCUUAUCACAUGAACUAUAUCCUGAUUAUAUCAUGUACGGCUACUUGUUUUUCUAUGUUAGGAAUGGUAAUUUAUUUAACUCAUCAGGCAGGAGGUGUAGGUGAUUAUUUCACUGCAAAAGGUACUGCGACAGGUUCAACAAAGGCUUGGGCUUGGGUUUAUAUGAUUUCUUAUUGGUUUGGUGCAGUUAGUCCUGCUGCGUGUAAUCAAUCUGAUUAUUCAAGAUUUGGUUCCUCACAAACAGCAAUUUGGUUAGGUACCAUAUUGGCACUUUUAAUUCCAACAACAAUCGUACCUGUCUUUGGUGUUAUUGGUGCGUCAGCUGGGAUGAAGUUAUAUAAUAUAGAAAUGUGGCAGCCAAUGGAUUUCUUCACAUAUUGGCUAAAGGGUAAUUAUAGUUCAGGUGCUAGGGCUGCAAGUUUCUUUUGUGGUGUAUCAUUUUCCAUGUCACAAAUGGCAUACACUAUAUCAAAUGCAGGUUUCGCAAGUGGAAUGGAUUUAGCUGGGUUAUUACCUAAAUAUUUGAAUAUUAAAAGAGGUGCUAUAUUAACUGCAAUGGUCUCUGUGGCGGUACAGCCUUGGAAUUUUUAUAAUUCUUCCUCUGUCUUCUUAACUGUAAUGAGUUCAUUUGGUGUUGUGAUGACUCCAAUCAUUGCCGUCAUGAUUUGUGAUAAUUUCUUGAUAAGGAAAAGAAAUUAUUCUGUAUCUGAAGCUUUUGUCUUAAAGGGUGAAUAUUAUUUUAAUAAGGGGGCCAAUUGGAGAGCUAUGGUUGCAUGGGUUUGUGGUAUGGCUCCAGGAUUACCUGGAAUUGCAUGGCAAGUUAAUAAUAAUUACUUUCAUAAUAAAGGUAUUGUAAAUUUUUAUUAUGGUGAUUCAUUCUUCAGUUUUGCUAUAUCAUUCUUUUUAUAUUGGUUUCUGUGUAUCGUUGUGCCUGUAAAAGUUAACAUACUACAUGAUGAUAAAGAUUAUUAUGGUGCAUUUACUGAUGAAGUGGCAAGAUCGAAAGGGUUAAUACCAUUUAGUGAAAUAUCCGAAGAAGAGUUGAAUAUUCAUCAAUCAGGUGAAGAAGCCAUGGAUGAAGUUAAAUUAACUAUAACGACAGGAACUGAAGAUGAAAAAAUAACGAAAAAAACAGUUAAUGCAGAUUCAAUAUCUAUUUCAACGACCACUGAGCAUAGUAGUCGUUGUAAGAGCAGCACCGAUAUACCGAAUUGA